UCCAGAAUAAUGGCGAGAGAGCUACCGGUGCAUUUUAUCCUGGACUUGGAUGACGACGAUUGUCCGGACUCCUGUCUACAUCUAGCGGCGUUUUUGGGAAACAUUCAGUCACUACGGGAAAUUCUCCAAGAUCCUCUGAAGAAAGAUCUUAUAAGAGCUCGUAUUCGCCCUUUUCUAUCGACUCCACUUCGAUUAGCAGCUACCGGCGGGCAUGUGGAGUGCAUUGAAGAGCUUUUAGAGAAUGGAGCUGAAGUAGAUGAAGAAGACAUUAAGGCGCAGACUCCGCUGUUUGUUGCUCUUGUAAACCAACAUUGGUCUGCAGCAAGAACACUACUGGAGCAUGGUGCGAACCCUAACGGCAGUUUACGGAACCUUUGCAGUCCCCUUUCCAUCCUUUGUCAGAGAGGGCUAGAACAGGGUAUACAGUUGCUAUGUGAGUACGGGGUGGAUACAGAGGAUAUUACAAGAAUAAUGUCAGGGAUGCCUGGACUACCUCUAACCACAUGUGCAACAUACCAUCAUCUAAGGAGUUUUGUAAUACUUCUGCUUAACGGGGCGGCCCCCGACCUCAAAACGUACAGAAACCUGGACCUUAGAGAUUUUGUGAAUUCGCAGUGCUCGGUUCCCCAUACUGUAAUCAAGUACAAAUGCCCUGUAGAGUUUCUUUACCUCUACAGAGAGUUUGGUGGAAACAUGAAACUACGGGACGCGAAAGGAUUGACGGCCUCCGAAAUAUGUGAUAAUGCUCCGGCUCUUGAAUAUCUGAGAAAAGUGCAAGACCAACCUUUAUCCCUUGCUUCCCUCGCCCGACUGUGUAUAAGACAACAGUUUGGGAGAAACCGGUUCCAUCUCAUCCAAUCCCUGCCCUUGGCUCAACAGUACAUUAACAAUCUUCUUUUCAAGGAUUUCAGGCUCGAGAUAGAAGGUGGUUGUAUGCCAGUAACCUGUUCUGCACUUGUACUAUCUAUCUAUCCAAGAUUUCCUCAAAUGAAAAUUAAAUUCUUACAUCUAGGUAAAAUGCAAACAGUUUCAAAAGACAAAACUGUGUUUGAAUCUUCUGAACCCUCUUCCCGUGGUAUUGCAGUGGUAGAAACACUGACUAAACUAAGUAAAGCUUUAUCCUGUUCUCAAACCAGCCCUCCCUCACCUCCCCCACCUCCCCCUACUGGUGCAAGACCUGGACUAUGGAGAAAUAAUAUUUUUUUACAAGAGCAGAUACCCCACUUAGUCUGCUUUCUCAGUCAAGAUUAGCGAUUCGUCGAAGCCUUAAUAAUAAACUUCAUGAAAUUCAAAACUUAGAUAUCGGAGAAAACCUGCUGGAUAUAUUGUUGUUUAAAUGUUUCAGUCCUUCCGAUUUUGAUCUAGAUAAAACAAAUGAG